AUUACUAAUGGGGAACGCUUGUUCUUGUAUCAGAGGCCGAGUAGAGCCCAAAAAGAAAAUAACAGUUGCCAUAUUAGGGAUUGAUGGAGCAGGGAAAACCACUGUGACCAAUGCCCUGACUGGAGACACAUCGGAGGUAGCCCCGACAGUUGGUUUCAACACUGAAACUGUGAAUUUGAACAACUUUGAUUUAACUUUAUUUGAUAUUGGAGGAGGUAAAAAUGUACGCAGCAUCUGGACUCAUUACUUCAAUGAGAUCUAUGGUGUUAUAUAUGUGGUGGACUCCAGUGCCACGAACAGGAUGCCUGAGAUCAGUGAAAAUCUUAAAAACCUGCUGGACCACCCCCAGGUGACAGGCAAACCAAUCCUCUUAUUAGCCAACAAAUGUGACCGUGAGGAUGCGAUGGAUUCUGUAGAUGUGUGUCAGAAGAUAAACCUAGAGGAUCAAGUGAACAGGCACAAGUGUCCAUCUAGAAUAGAAUCUGUCUCUGCAGUAAAAGGCACUGGUAAAAAAGUUGACAAAAAACUGAAGGAAGGGUUAAAGUGGUUAUGUGGGAUGAUUGAGCACAACUGGGACCAGUAUUCAGUGAGGGUAACACGGGACAUGGAGGAGCAGCAGAAACGGGAUGAAGAAGAGAAAGCUCUUCGCCGUGAACGCGUACGCAAAUUGCGACAAGAGAGAGAGGAAGCUGAGAAGGCAGAAAGAAAAAGGCUUGGGAUAAAGGAACCUGUUGAUGAUGACGAUGAUAUUGAUACAGGGAAUCCAUUCAAACCAGUCAGUCUUGAAGAGAUAGAGAGAAAGAAACGUUAUGAGGAAAUGAAAAAGAAAACCCUGGAGUUAGAUAACUCAUUAAAGUUUAUAGAGGAAGACAACAGCAGAAAGAAACAAUUAAGGAGGAAUGCAUCCAGUGAAAAGGAAGAGGAUUCUGAGGAUGUUGACUCUGAUGAUCUAACCGUCAAUCGAUCUAAACGUUCACCAAGACACUUUAAUGAUUUAGCAAAUAACAAGUAUGAUCAUAAGCAGAAUCGGUUGAAACAAACUCAUUUAUCAUCGCAUAUGGAUGAAGAUGAGGAUAGCGAUAUAGAUAUUCAUCCUCGUGGCCGCAAACUUACUCCUAGAUUACCUCCCCUUCAGCGUCCUCUAGGUACAAAUUUCAUGGAUGAAACAACAGUCAACACAAAGAAAAAGAAAUCAAAAAAGCAAAAGCUUCGAGCUGUUAAAGAAAUAGAAGACGAGACUGAAGAUCAAUACAAAAAAUCAGUUGGCUCCCUCUCUAAAAUCAGUUUUUCGGCAAGAGAGAAUAGUUUUAGUAAGGACAAUGAUGAUGAAGAAGAAAGUGAGGAUGGUCAUUUGCCAGCCAUCAGAGGCUAUGGGAGCAGGCAAAUUGUAUCCGGUUAUGAUAAUCUAACAUUUUCAAAACGUGAAAAACAGGAAGAUGCUCUUUACCGCAACGACAGAAAUUCCAGAAUAGGAAUGCGUGAUGAUUCACUUUAUAAUAAUGGUGCAGAUUCCAGGUUUGGAAACCGUGAUAACCUUUAUGGCAACAAUACACGAUUGAAAUCUAGGUUUGGAGAUGAUGAAGAUUCUGUUUAUAAUAAUACGUCACUGAAAUCCAGAUUUGGUAUGAAGGACUCUCUCUACAGCAACAACAACAUGUACAGCAAUCGAAAUGGUGAUCCAGGAACAGAAGACUCUGAUGUUUCUAUUGCACAGAAGAAGAAAGUCGGAAAAAAGAAAAAAGGAAAAGAGAGGAAUUCACAGGAAUUUACCAAGAAUAUAGUUGACCCAGGGGAAAGCAAUGAUAGUGAUGACUGGUCAUUAAGAAAACGAGGUUUAUAUCAUCUGUCUUCGCUAGACGGAGGAGAUGCUGAAGAUAGCACACCUGUUCGUCGCCUGAAAAAGAAACAGCCUUACACAGUUAAAAAGAACAAGACAUUCCCAUCUGACAAUUCUGAUGAAGAUGUGCCAGAUACCAAAAAGCGGGAUUUCUCUUGGACCAUGUCUCCGAAGAAGACAAAACCAGCUGAGGAACAAAGCUCUCCUGUUCACAUGUCGAGGACAAACUGGGGUCUGGCUGAAGAAUUGUCUGAUGAUCCAUCUGACAGUGACAUAGGCUACAAUAACAUCAGGAUGGUGCGACGUUCAAAACCAAACAUGGACGACGAUGAUGACCUUGUUUUCUGAUUUUGUGGAAAAAAUGAUAAUAUCUGAUGUGGUGUACAAGUUCUGGAGUAGUAGAUAAGGGUUAGGUUUUCAUUGACAUUGUAUGAUUUAAAUGUUUGAUGUUGUAGAGAAACUUUACUUCAAUAUUUGGGUCUGAUUGUGUGUACAUGUAUGGAUAUGUUGUUGUAGAGGGGAAAAAAUCUGGCUUAAUCAAAGAAGUAAGGUCUGAGGGAGUUGUAAUCUGGUAUAAAAUAAAAGGAAUCAGUGUCUGAUUUAACAGGGUACUAAUGAACUCUCAGAAAUCAUUGUCUCAGAAAAGUUCAAAGUUUGAAUGUGAUAGCAUAUAGAUUGAUAUCCAAUGUAGUAUAUGUGUACAGAUGCUAUGAUUUUUUGAAGGUUGGUCUGAACAAAGGAGUAAAAUUCAAUACUCAUGGUAGGUUUAGGAAGGUUUUAGUUGUGGAAUAUUUCACUCUGUUUUUGUAAUUUAGACUGAUAAUGGGAAAAGUGCUUGUAGGCUAAAAAUGCUUCAGGUUUUUAAAAUUAUGGUUUGGGAUAGAAGUUGAAUGACCGAUAUAAAUGGCUUUUUAUUGGUAAUUCUUUGAAAGUGUGAUUUGAAUACAUGAGGUAAAAAUGUAACGUGGCUGAAAGGUAGGUGUCUAUCUGACGGGUGCCAAUGUUUUAUCUUGUUUAUUUGUUUGUAAAGCCUAAAAAAAUCAGUGUAUUUCUACAAACAAAGGUGCCAAAUUCCACGCAAAUAUGAUAAUGUCACUGUGUUUGUAUGUUGCAUUCAUGUGCGAAAAAAGUUGUAUAUCCAAUAAUUAUACAUGACACCAAUCUGAUGGUUUUUUUCCAUUCCUCAUUUCACUGUGAAGAGAAAAGUAGAAGAGUAUUUGACAGAAUGGUAGUUUUCAUUCUAAAUGCAUUCAAUAUAGUUGAAGUAUCAGCUUUAGCGAUGCAGAUUACAGAAAUGAUUAUGGUUACUGGCACAGUAUACCGCAUUAGUGCAGUCAAAUCAUACUGUGACGGAGGGCCACUUUAUGUAUUGUUUUCCAACAUGGUAGCCCCAUUGUGAUAAAAUGCAAUUAAUUCAGUUUUUUUUAACAAAGAUCAACCACAUCUGAUCUGCCAUAUGCUGCUAUUGUGCCGUUUUUCUUAAAUCUUAGUGCUUAAUGUUUUACCACCUGUAUACACAGCAUUAUAAUUAGCCUGUGUUUAUGGAGAGAUAUCAUGUUCCGGUAAAAUUUCCAAUUUUUUUUUUUUUUUUUUUUAAAGUCUCCGAGACCCAUACAUUUGUCAACUCAAUACAUAUCAUAUUUAGUUUAGUGACUUUUAGCUCCCAUUAUGACUUUUAUUCUGUGCAAUGUUUAUUUUUAAUCAAGACAAUUAUAGAAAGUGUCACCUGUAAAAAAUCUCCGUCCAAUAUAAUGAGACAAGCUGUAUAUUUAACAA